CGGAAUUUUCGAGAAAUCUUGACUGAAAAGUCGAAGGAAAUCGGUGAAAGUAUCGGAGAGACGGUUCGCCGAGGAACGCCGAACGCACGGUGAAACAGAAAAUUACGUGGAACACACGGAACGUGGACGCUCGAGCUAAUCGUAACAAACGGAGUGAAGAAAGGAUCGAGAAAUCGAGUGCUCACUCGCGAGUUGCUGCUGGUUGCUGGAAUCUGGUCAAAAAAAAAACAGAAGAAGUCUUCGAGAUGCUGGCAGCAUCGAUCCGUCGCGAAGUUCACUUCACAGCGUUGUCCAGCACGACGAUGGCCUCGUCGCGCGUACCACGUUGCUUGUUCGGCAAGCCGAACUCGAGGGAAACCGUGGAAAUGCUGCACGAGGCGCUCGACGCGGAACGAAGCAAAUUCGCCAAACGAUGGGGCGUCGAUCCGCGGUCCGAAGACAAGGAGAACAGCUACCAGCAAAGGAAACGCCACGACAAGUACGAACAAUCGCCGAAGAAACGGAGCAAUCCGUACUCCAGACAAACCAAUAUCCACGAUUACUGGCGAGCUCGGAAGGUGUGCGAGGUGAAUAAAAAGCCCCUUGCUUCGUCGGUGGACUCUUCGAAACAGCCGAGCGAAGCGUCGAAAACGUCGAAGACGACGAAGCCAUCGAACAAGGCGGCACAAAAUUGAGCAAGCGAGCUUGCAUUUAAUUGUAACUGGCCAGAUCACAUCCUGUAUAUUUAUUCGUCACUGCUCUUCCGUGAUGUCGCCGUCGUCGUAAAUUAACUAAUAGGUCGAUGUUUGUUAAUGUUCGUCAAUCGUCAAUUAAUUGUUAAACUAUCAUAUUUCUGUAAAUACGUUCUGCGUUGGGUGAUAUACAUACAUACAUACAUACA